AUGGCCGGAAAGAUCGUUAAACUCUCUAAACCCAUUGAAUUAUUUCGGGAAAUCCAUAAAAAUCUUCCCCUCAGAUCCUCGCCCAAACUCUGGCAUGAUCACGAGGACGACGAUGAAGGUCAACCCAUUUUACGCCUAAGCCAUCCUAUCUUGAGCAAAUUAGAGUCAUGUUCUAUCGUUACUCUAAGAGAAUUCAACCAAGUACACGCACAACUCAUUGUUUCAGGUCUCUUUCAGCAUUCUCUUGCAGCCGGCCGGGUGGUGAAGAAGCUCUGCUCUUCUCCAUCUACUGUUUUUCAUGCUCUUAAUGUUUUUCAUAGCGUAGAUGAACCUGAUUCGUUCUUAUGUAACACUGUUAUGAGAGGUCUUGUGAAUUCGAAUGAACCACUUAAAGCCCUGGAGUUUUACCGUCGAGAAAUGGUUGGGAACUUCGUGCCUGCCAACCAUUACACAUUUCCAUUGCUGGUGAAGGUUUGCGCUGAACUGGGGUUGGUAAGAGAAGGGGAAAAGGCACAUACUCGGGUCUUGAAAGAAGGGUUUGAGUUGGAUUUGUAUGUGCGGAAUGCAUUAAUACAUAUGUACGCGAUUUGUGGGAAAAUAAGGGACGCACAGAUGGUGUUUGAUUUAAGUCCGGACUCGGAUAUGGUGACUUGGAAUUCAAUGAUUGAUGGGUAUGUGAAGAACGGAAUGGUGGGCCUUGCACACUGGCUGUUUGAUGAAAUGCCUGAGAGGGAUGUGUUUAGUUGGAACUCGAUGAUUGCUGGAUAUGUUUGGAUUGGGGACAUGAGGGCAGCUCAAGAGUUGUUUGAUAGGAUGCCUUGUAGAGACAUUGUUUCUUGGAAUUGUCUGAUUGAUGGGUAUGCUAGGAUUGGAGAUAUUGUGUUUGCACGUAAAUUUUUUGAUUGGAUGCCAUUGAGGAAUGUUGUUUCUUGGAACACCUUGUUAGCUCUUUAUGUGCGGUCCAAAAACUACGACGAGUGUUUGGGGCUUUUUGAUGACAUGUUGGAGGAUCAAGGUUUGAAGGCGAAUGAAGCAACUAUAAUGAGUGUCUUGACUGCAUGUGGACACCUGGGAAGACUUGAUAGGGGUGAAUGGGUCCAUUCUUAUAUUAAGAAUAACAAGAAUAUUGUAAUUGAUGUGUUGCUUUCAACUGCUUUGUUGACGAUGUAUGCCAAAUGUGGAGCUAUGGAUUUGGCUAAACAAGUAUUUGAUGAGAUGCCUGAGAAAACUGUGGUAUCGUGGAAUUCAAUGAUCAUGGGAUAUGGGAUGCAUGGCCAUGGGGAGAAAGCUUUAGAAAUGUUCUUAGAAUUGGAGAAAAGUGACUUGGUGCCAAAUGAUGCUACUUUUGUGUGCGUUCUUAGCGCAUGUACGCAUGCAGGAAUGGUUUUGGAGGGCUGGUGGUACUUUGACCUGAUGCAUCGAGUUUACAUGAUUGAACCAAAGGUUGAACACUACGGUUGUAUGGUUGAUCUCCUUUCGCGGGCUGGUUUGAUGAAAGAUUCUGAGGAUAUGAUAAAAAAUAUGUCCUUGGCCUCAGGACCUGCCUUGUGGGGUGCCUUACUAUCGGCUUGCAGGACCCACUCGAAUCUAGAACUUGGGGAGAUGGUUGCUAAGAGGCUUAUUGAAUUAGAACCUAGUGAUGUCGGACCAUAUGUAUUGUUAUCAAACAUAUACGCAUCUGGAGAGAGAUGGGAUGCUGUUGAGAAUGUGAGAGAGAUGAUGAUGAAAAGGGGGUUACAAAAAUUGGCUGGAUCAAGUCUGGUUCAUCCUGGAAAUUCUGAUGUUGAAUUAAUAGGAGGUCCUUCAUUCCAUAAGAGGAGGUUAGUGUACUCCAUGCUGAGUGAGAUGGGCAUUCAGUUGAAAAUGUCAUACAGAAAUAUGAUGCCUUGAAGAAUGAUAAUAUAUGAUACUUAAGAGAGGUCGUAUGCUCAAACAUUUUGAAGUUUAAAGAAAUUUUCUUUGUUGAAUUUGCGAUUUUAGACAUAUAAGAACAAGUCCCCUGUUCCAGUGAAGAUGAUCAAGCUGACCUAAAGGUUAAGUUUAUCUGAUGACUGGCAUGAUGUAUGGACAAACAAUGUAGUGAAGAUUCGAAAAUCUAGCGUGUGCUCAUCUUAUCGAGGAGAUUUAUUUGACCGGUUUGUGGAUAGAAGAUAUGGUGAUUUAAUCGAGCUUCUAAACAAAGGAAGCUUUUGUCAUAUUAACAGAGAUGGCCAAAGAGCAAAUAUAUGAAGGUGCAUCACAGCAUCUUUCUGACAGUAGCUAUGCCUUCUUGCAGAGGCAGAUAGCCAACAAUUUUUAUCCUAAUGGAGUUGUUGCAGAGAAGAGUCUUCUUUCAUAUUCUUGUGAGACAUCCAAAAUUUCCUUAAGCAAGGUGCCUUCAAAUCAUGCCGUCUCACCAUCCAUGAGAAGAACCAUAUCCUGGGUUCUCCUGGUUGAAAAGUUUUUGCCAUGAUCUUUCUGUAACCCAUGAUCUUAGUUACUUCAUAUUGAUACGCUAUUUGAUGGAGCUGAAGUUAACUAACUCUCUUAGAAUUGUUGCUAUUGUUGUCUUCUACUGAACACAAACUCAUAUAUUCCCACCAUGAAAAUUGAAGGAGGUUUGUCCUCAUAUUUGUACAGAAGUCAUAUUAUCAUGAAGGAUAUUUCUCUAAUUUUAGUGGCAACAAGUUCUUCAAUAUGCUGAAAUAUUGGCUCAUAGCUGGGUUCAUUCAGGUCUCUGGACCCCCACUUCACCAACAGAUAUCAGUGAUCGGGUGCCUUCCUUUUCUUUAUUGGU